AUGGCGAUCAUUCCCAUCCUUAACGAAGACACUGCCGUUCUCUGGGAGCGGAUCAACCAGAAAGUGGAAGAGCCUCGCAGUCAGCGGCGCAUAAUUUUGAUCAUAGUAUGCGUGGCACUGCUCUUAGACAACAUGCUAUAUAUGGUAAUCGUGCCCAUCAUUCCCGACUACCUCAGGGACAUCGGCGCCUGGACCACGCACCUGGAGGGCGCCGACAUCGAGUACCGCAACGUGUCCAACAAGUUCGUGCCCAUACGCGUGGGCGGUAUCACCGUCUACGAGGGCGAGGACUCGGCCGUCGGUAUGCUGUUCGCCUCCAAGGCGUUCGUCCAGCUCUUCAUCAAUCCGUUUUCGGGACACAUCAUCGACCGCAUCGGUUAUGACAUCCCGAUGAUGAUCGGCCUCACAGUCAUGUUCUUCUCGACGGCAGUGUUCGCCUGCGGCCAGAGCUAUGGCGUCCUCUUCUUGGCGCGCAGUCUUCAGGGCGUGGGCUCAGCCUUCGCCGACACGUCCGGCUUAGCGAUGAUCGCCGACCGCUUCACCGAAGAGAAGGAGCGCCAGAAGGCGUUGGGAAUCGCGUUGGCGUUCAUAUCGUUUGGUAGUUUAGUUGCGCCGCCGUUUGGGGGAACGCUGUAUCAGAUCGCCGGAAAAGAAGUGCCAUUUAUUAUCCUGUCGUUAGUCUGUCUAUUAGACGCCGUUUUGUUAAAGUUUGUGAUGAGACCCGUGAGGCAACAGAUGAAGGAGGCCGGUGUCGAACGAUCGCCCGGCACUCCCAUCCAUACGCUCCUAAUGGAUCCGUACAUCGCUUGCUGUGCCGGCGCUCUAGUGAUGGCCAACGUCUCGCUGGCCUUCUUAGAGCCGACCAUUUCUUUAUGGAUGGAGAAUACGAUGAAAGACGUGGAGGAGUGGCAGAUGGGCCUCAUAUGGCUGCCGGCGUUCUUCCCGCACGUGCUCGGCGUCUACACAACAAUCAAAUUGGCGGACAAGUAUCCGCGCUAUAUGUGGAUGAUCGCGGCGGUAGGUCUGGCCAUGGAGGGCAUCUGUAGUUUUAUGGUGCCCUUCGCCGAGUCCUUCUGGUUCCUCAUUUUGCCCAUAUCUGGCAUCUGCUUCGGCAUAGCGCUCGUCGACACAGCCCUUCUGCCGACACUCGGAUACUUAGUGGACGUCCGAUACGUGUCGGUCUACGGCUCCAUAUACGCCAUCGCAGACAUCUCCUACUCGCUGGCCUACGCCAUCGGCCCCAUCAUAGCCGGCACUAUCGUAGAGACAAUAGGCUUUCUAGCGCUCAACAUAUGCAUCGCUAUAGCAAACCUGUGUUACGUGCCGGUGCUCACGAUGUUGAGGCAUAUAUACGACUACAAGCCUUUCGAAGGCGAGAAUAUAUCGAUGACAGAGCAGCCAAACAAGAGAUUAUUUCAGCCGCAGGACAACUCCCAUCGGCCGCCACCACAACCGCCGCAACAAAAAACUAAUUCCAUAGUCAACCAGAAUCUCGGUUCUGGCAUAGACUCGGACAGUACGGCACAGCAGUUGACUACCGGUGCGCAGCAUAGGAGUUAUGGCAUAGAGGAGGACCCGUGGGGCGACGGCUCCAAACGAAACCCAUUCCUGGGAGGGGGCGACCCGACCACCCGUGACAUGAUGUGCUCAAACGGCUUCGUUAACCAAAACCAAUGA